AUGAGGAUAUGUAUGGGCAGGACUGCUCCAAGCAAUGCACCUGUAUGUAUAAUGGAGAAUACGGAAUCAUGUGCUCCUGACACCGGCUAUUGUCGAUGCAAACCUGGUUUCGCUGGGGAUUCAUGUGAACGUAUUUGCUCUAAGCUGUUCUGGGGACGAGACUGUGCGAACAAAUGCGAGUGCGACUAUAACGUGACGUCAGAGUGCGAGCCAACAAGCGGUAGAUUGUGUUGUUUACCGGGUCGAACCGGAGCAAAAUGUGCGAUGACUGUCCUGAUGGCCAUUUUGGACUGGACUGUGCCUUCAAGUGUCAGUGUGGAGAGAACGGUGUAUGCGACAAAAGAGAUGGUUCAUGCAAAUGCCGUAAUGGCUUCCACGGUGCUCUCUGCACGAUAUCAUGUCCAGCUGGUCACUUUGGUGAAUCCUGUGCUCCCUGUCAGUGUAGGAAUGGCGCUGGAUGUGAUCCAGUCACUGGCGAUUGCUUCUGUGCUACAGGCGAGGAUUGUUCUACACAGUGCGAGAACGGUUUUCUAUGGAGAUGAGUGUGACAAGAAAUGCGAUUGCAAUGGUGGAAGUUGCCAACAGAAGACUGGAAAAUGCGUCUGUGGACCUGGAAAGGAAGGCGAUACGUGCGCGUCAGAAUGUAAGCUUGGCCACUUUGGCUUUGGAUGCGGUGAGACAUGCAGCAAUUGCACGCUGGAUGGUGUUCCAUCAGCAUGUGACAGUAAGACUGGAGCAUGCCUGAAGUGUCCGAUUGGGAGAUCUGGAGCGAACUGUCAGCACAGCUGCGAAGAUGGCACAUGGGGUGAGAACUGCGCUAACAAGUGCACGUGCGCGGACGGUCAUAAGUGCGAUCCCGUAACCGGCAAAUGUAGCUGUGACCAUGGAUACACUGGAGAGAACUGCGAGCAAAAAUGCCCUGAAGGAACGUGGGGAGUUGAAUGUGCGAACAAAUGUCCGGCUUGCGUCAAUGGGGCCAAAUGUAACCAUGUGGACGGUACCUGUUCCUGUCCGGCUGGAUAUGAAGGACGUCUUUGUAACAGAUUAUGUGUUGCCGGUUUCUGGGGAUUGGGCUGUGCGAGAAACUGCACUUGUGCCUCAGAAUUCAAGCAAUGCGAUCCUCACACUGGCGAGUGUGCCUGUCCUGCUGGUUGGCAAGGUGAUCGCUGUAAUGUACCGUGCGAAGACGGUUUCUAUGGUCCGGAUUGUAUCAACAAAUGCAAAUGUCGAGGCACAUCGUCAGCAAGCUGUCAUCGCGUCACUGGUGCCUGCCAGUGCCAUCCUGGUUUCACUGGAGAAUUCUGUCAUGCUCUAUGUCCCAAGGGUCACUAUGGCCUGCGAUGUGCUCGAGAAUGUGGUGAUUGUGGCGUGGGCUACGAGUGUGAUGCAGCUAUAGGCUGCUGUCAUGCGGACCAGUUGAGCUGUGGACAAGCAUUACUUGAAUUCCAACGGCAACAGGGUGAAGGGUGGAUCACGUGCGGGUGA